AUGGGAAUAAUGGCAGCCGAUACAUCGACUAGGAACGAUGCAUUUGCAUCGCUGUCCCGAGAUGGGCAGCCAGCGCAGAAGACGAUGGCAACGCCAACACCGCCAGAGCUGCUGCCUGCGUCGUCGGACGCAAUGCGCCUAUCUAUGCUCGCACCAACACGACUGCUGCUCGGAUCUCUAGCGUCGACCAUGAUUGGAUUCAUGCUGGGGGGAUUUCAGGGAGGGCAGAUGGCCCAACUACGAUUCAGGGCGGAGCACGCGCACAAGAUGCCAGACACGACGACAGGCUGGUACUUUUACCACAAGACGAAAAACUACCAUGCGAUGCAAGGCGGCAUCCGCGAGGGAUUUCGGAUGGGCGCGAAGACGGGGUUCUGGAGCUUUGCGGCCCUCAGCCUGGAGACGACGGUUGACCGCAUGCGCGGAUGCAGCGACAUGCUGUCGACGAUAGUGGCGACGGUGUCAGUGGCCGGCAUGUUCUCAUUAACACAUCGAUUCUCGCUGUCAGCAGCAGCGCGCACCGCACGUUACGGGCUGUUGUUUGGGAUUAUGUACGGGGGUGUGCAAGAUGCGUCCGCGCUAGCUCGUGGGCGACCGGUUGGCUACGUCCAAGCCAUCCGACGUCGAUUGACCCCUGGGUAG